UUCUUUUGAAGCUGGACCACAAAAACUUGAUUUCCCUCCCAGAUCUUCCUACAGCAUCCAAUAACUGCAGAAGGUGGUAUUGUAGACAUUAAAGCAUCAGCAAUCAAAGAUAGCUCAGAAGUUUAAAAAAAAAAACCUAUCUGUCCAACCCCAGGGUGAGGAAGAAAUCCCGUUGGAGGAGAAAAGCCCUUUGGAGCACGUAUGAGGUUUGGGCAGGGGCUGAGAGCUGAGGGCAAUCUUUUAGUCCUUUUCUAAUGUUCAGGAUGUAGUCUGUUUUGCCCUGCUUUUGACCCUCUUCUCCGUUACAUAUGCAUGUCUUCAACCUUCAACUGCUUUACCCUAGUCUGUCUUGACCUCUGAAGUCCCCAUCUUGCCCCCAUUUUCAAACUCUAGUUAAACCUAUAAGCCUAUCACCUACCUCAUUUGUUGUUCAUUCUUCGUGGUGGCUCAUUUGUCCUCCCUUCUCUGCCUCAGCUAUCCUUUGCCUUUUCACUUGCUCAUCCUCACCUAACCGCUUUGGCUAGCUUAUUUGCCUGAUCCUAGCCUCUGUUAACCUGCUGCUUCACCCACAACUCCCUCACGGGUCUCAUCUCAGGUCUCUUGUCCCUUCGGAGACGCCCAUAGGCUCUCCAGGGGGCGAGGCCUCUCUGGGCUAGGGCAAAGAGGAACUAGGAGGCUUAGGAGUUUCUGAUGCGGAAAAGGACAUGCUGUCUGAAGGGUGUCAAUAAAACCGAGACAAGGAGUAGCUGAACCAGCGGGGUUAGGAGACUGGGAAAGCGGUAAUCAAUGAAGCGGAUGGACGGCAGAGUGAGGGCGGGUCUAGUAGCAGGAAUAGACCAAUGAGUGCUCUGUAAAGAUACCGAGAGGCUGAGCCGGCCGAGUUCCAGGUUUCCCGGUCCAACAGAAUUUGGGAAUCCCGAGGCCACUGCUUGAGACUCGGCUUUUAUGAGCGGACGAGGAACUACAGCAACCUAGUUCACACCCCACCCCGAAGCCCGGAAGCGGAAGUGACGGACACGGAAGUGCCCUGCUGUUGCCGAGGGGACGGGCCGUGUAGAUGCCAACAUGGCAGCGGUUGGGGCUGGAGGCUCCAGCGCGGCGUCCGGGUCAGGGGCGGUCUCUGCGGGGGCAUUGGAACCUGGGACUGCAAGUGCGGCUCAUCGGCGCCUCAAGUACAUAUCCCUAGCUGUGCUGGUGGUCCAGAAUGCCUCUCUCAUCCUCAGCAUCCGCUACGCCCGCACACUGCCUGGGGACCGUUUCUUUGCCACCACCGCUGUGGUCAUGGCCGAAGUGCUCAAAGGCCUCACCUGCCUACUCUUGCUGUUUGCACAGAAGAGAGGUAACGUGAAGCACCUGGUUCUCUUCCUCCACGAGGCUGUCCUGGUGCAAUACGUGGACACACUGAAGCUCGCAGUGCCCUCUCUCAUCUACACCUUGCAGAAUAACCUCCAGUAUGUUGCCAUCUCCAACCUGCCAGCUGCCACUUUCCAGGUGACGUACCAGCUGAAGAUCCUGACCACAGCACUGUUCUCCGUACUCAUGCUGAACCGCAGCCUUUCCCGGCUGCAGUGGGCCUCCCUGCUGCUCCUCUUCACUGGUGUCGCCAUUGUCCAGGCACAGCAAGCCGGUGGGGGAGGCCCACGGCCACUGGAUCAGAACCCUGGGGCAGGCCUAGCAGCUGUUGUGGCCUCCUGUCUCUCCUCGGGCUUCGCAGGUGUCUACUUUGAGAAGAUCCUCAAAGGCAGCUCAGGAUCCGUGUGGCUGCGCAACCUGCAGCUAGGCCUCUUUGGCACAGCACUAGGCCUGGUGGGGCUCUGGUGGGCUGAGGGCACUUCUGUGGCUCGUCGUGGCUUCUUUUUUGGGUACACACCUGCCGUCUGGGGUGUGGUGCUCAAUCAGGCCUUUGGUGGCCUAUUGGUGGCUGUCGUUGUCAAGUAUGCUGACAACAUCCUCAAGGGCUUUGCCACCUCCCUGUCCAUUGUGCUGUCCACUGUUGCCUCCAUUCGCCUCUUUGGCUUCCAUGUGGACCCAUUAUUUGCCCUUGGCGCUGGGCUUGUCAUUGGUGCCGUCUACCUCUACAGCCUUCCCCGAGGUGCAGCCAAAGCCAUAGCUUCUGCCUCUGCCUCUGCCUCCAUCUCCACCUCUGGGCCCUGUAUUCACCAGCAGCCUCCAGGGCAGCCACCACCACUGCAGAUGUCUUCCCACCGUGGAGACCUCAUCACGGAGCCCUUUCUGCCAAAGUUGCUCACCAAGGUGAAGGGUUCGUAGCUGCUGGGAUUGAAGACGUUGGCCUGGCCUCGCUCUCCCUUCUUGCCCUGGCCCAGCUGAGACCAGACACUCUGAUCAGUAUUAGGGGUAGGAAGAGGUAGUCACUGAACUCCCUGUCCCCCCACCCCACUUGACCCCACCGCACCCCACCCUACCCAGGGCUAACAUAACUACAUCCUCUCUAGUAAUGACCUCAGCCCUUAGCCCCUACUACUCCCAAACAAUUUCUUAGGUGAGUUUUUGCAAAUAAAAUGUGUUG